AGGCCGAGGGAGAGAGAGCGCCGGCCUGGGGCCCGACCCCCUUAGCCGGGUUGCUGCAAGCGUGUGCGAAGCCUUCCUCAUAUGUGGGCUGGCGGCGGUAGUCGCCUCGCUGCCCCCCUCGCGCCCCUGCGAAGACGGAGGGCGAAGAAGGAGGCGGAGGAAGCUGCAACGCCAGGAGCAGGGAGGAGGAGGAGGAGGAGGAAGCGGAGGCGACCGACGAGAAGGGAGCCUGGCAGAGGCGGAGCCGGCGCUCUAGCCCGGCCGGCCUGGACUUCGCGCAGCACGGCCGCCGCCGCCGCCGCCGCCACCAUCGGCAGCAGCUCCCGAUACUCUUCUCUGGCUGCCCUAGUCAAUUGAAGUGUGACAAAUGGCUACUGAAAAGAGUCUGGAUGGGUGGCUACUAGAAAGAGGAUAGUAGUUCCUGGUUGAGGUCUGCCUUCCCCAGAAAGGCUCACCAGACAUCUUUUGGCAUCAGGUGGAAUCUGCUACAUCUUCUGGUCCCUGGCAUAAUGUCUUAGAGAUCAUAGGACUGCACUGUAAAAAAUCUUAAUCCUGACAGUGGGUUUCACACCGCCCACUGCCACAGUGCUUUUUCAACUCAUGGCCAAAAUUGCCCUUAUUCCAGGAAAUGACCUUAAAUAUCCAAACAAGGCUGCAGCACACAUAGUAGAAAUGGGUCUUGGAGGUUCAAUGAGACUGGUUAAGGCACAUCAAUGAAGAAACUUCUGCUUUAUAUGUUUUAAGGACAGAACUCCAGAAUUAAUCAGCCAGACCUGCUGUACUUUCAUAAUGAAGAAAAUUAGUCUCAAGACCAUUCGUAAGUCUUUUAACUUAAAUAAGAGCAAAGAUGAAAGUGACUUCGUUGUGGUUGGACAACCAUCAUUAAAUGAUUUUGGAAAAGAUGACUCUUUGUUUGGCAGCUGCUAUGGUAAAGAUUUAGCUACUUGUGACAUCAACAGUGAAGAUGAGAAGGGUGGCAAAAACAGAUCAAAGAGUGAAAGCUUGAUGGGUACGUUAAAAAGAAGACUUUCAGCAAAACAAAAGCAGAAAGGUGGCAAAGGUAGUACUCCAUCUGUGAGCUCUGCUGAUGAGGAUACCUUUUCUUCUUCUUCUGCUCCAAUAACCUUCAAAGAUGUGAGAACUCAAAGACCUCUAAGAUCCACUUCCCUUAGAAAUCACCAUUACAGUCCUACUCCAUGGCCCCUUCGUCCAACAAAUUCAGAAGAAACAUGUAUAAAAAUGGAAGUGAAAGUAAAGGCCUUGGUCCACUCCUCAAAUCCAAGUCCUGCACUGAACGGUGUUCGCAAAGAUUUCCAUGACUUGCAGUCAGACAACGUGUUCCAGGAGCAAAACAAUGCAUUAAAAAGUACAGAAUCUCAGAAUGGAGAUUUGCAUCUCCAUAUUGAUGAACAUGUGCCUGUAGUUAUUGGACUUAUGCCUCAGGACUACAUUCAGUAUACUGUGCCUUUAGAUGAGGGAAUGUAUCCUUUGGAAGGAUCACGUAGUUACUGUUUGGAUAGUUCCUCACCCAUGGAGGUUUCAACUAUUUCUUCUCAAAUGGGUGGUAGUGCAUUUCAUGAAGAAGAUGUUCCAGUGAGUCAAGAUGUUGUAGUUGCUCCAGAUAUCUUUGUGGACCAGGCAGUAAAUGGUUUAUUAAUUGGUACCACAGGAGUCAUGCUGCAAAGUCCUAGAGUUAAUCACAAUGAUGUUCCUCCACUCUCUCCGUUGCUACCUCCAAUACAGAAUAGUCAAAUCCAAAGGAACUUUAAUGGCCUGAAUGGCACAGAUGUUCAUGUGGCUGAAAGUAUGCGCUGCCAUUUGAAUUUUGACCCUAACUCUGCACCUGGAGUUGGAAGAGUUUAUGAUUCUGUACAGAAUAGUGGCCCUAUGGUUGUGACAAGCCUCACAGAAGAACUGAAAAAACUUGCAAAACAAGGAUGGUACUGGGGCCCAAUUACACGAUGGGAAGCGGAAGGAAAACUGGCCAAUGUUCCUGAUGGCUCUUUUCUUGUACGAGACAGUUCCGAUGACCGCUAUCUUUUAAGUCUGAGUUUCCGUUCCCAUGGUAAAACUCUUCACACUAGAAUUGAGCAUUCAAAUGGUAGGUUUAGCUUUUAUGAACAACCAGAUGUGGAGGGACAUACAUCUAUAGUUGAUCUAAUUGAGCACUCAAUCAGGGACUCUGAGAAUGGAGCAUUUUGCUAUUCAAGGUCUCGAUUACCUGGAUCUACAACUUAUCCAGUCAGACUGACCAAUCCAGUAUCUCGUUUUAUGCAGGUGCGCUCCUUGCAGUACCUGUGUCGCUUUGUUAUACGCCAGUAUACCAGAAUAGAUCUGAUUCAGAAACUGCCUUUGCCAAACAAAAUGAAGGAUUAUUUACAAGAAAAGCACUACUGAAGGCUUGUGGAAACCUUGCAUCUUGCACUUUGGGAACAACAACAAAAAUUAAAGAAGAGAGAUUGAAAUACCGUUUACACACUUUAAUUUCUAUCAGUCUUUUGCUGCCAUAAUUUCAUUUUUGUGCAUAAAGAAGGGUGAUGCAUUUUUGUUUAAUGGGUGAUCUGGGUUUUUCUUUAUAAUUCUCAAGGUUUUUUUUAAGGAGUGAUAUUGCUAUCUUUUAUUCAAUGUGCUAAAUAAUCACAAUGUGAAUUAUACAAGUUUUCCUAAAACUUCCCGUCUCCUUUGCUGCUAAUCCACUGUGAUUUUAAUGCAUUUGAAGCACAUUUCAUGUGUUUUCAACCAUAAGUAAAAGUUGAAACUUGAUGGGAUAUGUUUUGUCUUCUUCCAAUAGCCUGUUUUGUUUCUUCUUGCUUUUUUAAAAAUUAAAAAUACAGAUAAAAUGUGCUGAUAUACAAAAUUCAGAUAAAUUCUUAAAAUGAUUUCCCAGAUAUCUUGAUUAAAAACCAUAAAGUUAACUGUGGGCUGGAGACAAUGUGUCAUGCAUCAGUUAUACAACAUAUUUUUGAAAGCCUCCUAACAGUUUUUUCCUAAACUGUUUCAAAGAUUGUAGAUAUGAUUUUUCUUUUUGUUUCAUUUUAAACCAUUUUAAAAAUAUUUUAAAAUGGCCUUUCAAAACAGACUUGGAAAAUAGAUAUUGAAAUGUUCAUGUUAGUAUGUAGACAAAGGAUAAAAUGUAAAUUAAGACCAUUAAAAAGUAUUUGAUUCACCUGUAGAAAUUCUGAUUUGGACUAAGUAAUGGUAGCACAUGGCAGUAUACUGCAAAGCAGUCUUUUCAAGAUAGUUUCAGCAUUCUCAGUUUUAUCUCAGUAGAUACUUUAAAAAUCCAUUGAAGCUAAACAUUACCCCAUCUUUACUCCAACAUUAUCCUGUAAAAAUAGAACAUCAUUCAGCCAAAGUAAAGCAUAUUCAAGUUUCAUUAAUUUCACUGGAUGAGUUAAGCAUAUACUUAAAUCUUCCUGAAAAAAAUAGAUGAGAUUAAGAAGGAUUUAACUUGACUGGAUCAUGUCCUUGGUUUUAAAUGUUUUUUCUCUUUUGUGUAGCAUCCAGUUUCCAUACGUUUAUUUCAUUUUAGUCACUAGGGGAAUUAAAUUUAUUCCUGAACAUGAUUUUUUGAACCUGUGUUUUAAAAUCAAGGAAGAAUUUAUUACAUCAUAAACAUCACCAUAGGAAAUGUCUCUGUGCAUUAUCAGUUUCAUUUCUAUUUUGUUGAAACAAGGAAAAUGAGUUCUGUUUAAAAUACUUGGCAUGGGAAAAUCCAUUUGAACAUGCUUCUGCACUGGUAUUUCCAAACUAUAAACGUAGUAACAUAUAUCUCCCUUUCACUUCAUUGUGGUUUACACAGCAAAAGUUGCCAAUGAAUAGGAAGGGCCACAAAUAGCCUACAUUGGACCUAAUACAAAAAAGCUGGUCAUAUGUUUUAUUGGAAGCAGUGGGAAAUGUUGCAAUUAAUUUGCACCCAUUGAUUUCAGUGGGGCAGGUGUAAGUAAUAAUGCAACCCUGCAAGAGAUGGUGCAGAAUUGCAAUAUUACUUUUUGUAGACUGGGGCCCUUAUGCUCUGUUCAUAGGACUGCUUCUGCAGGUUACUCCCAUGCUGAACUUUGUAGUGUAGAAAAGAGAUACUUUUAUUUUUAUGAGGAAAGAUCUUAUGAAUCAAAAUUUAACAAGAAGGCAACCCAGCUCUGGAGCUUCUGAAAGAACCUAUACAAUUUGGGAAUGUGUUUUUAGGUUACAGAAUUUACUUUGCACCAUUGUCAUGUGUCUUAUCUUACUUUUUGCUCCCCAUGAAAUUUAUACUCAUGAAUAAUUUCCUUUUUUAUUUUCCCAUCUAAAUAAUUUGAAUGCACUUCUGUUUCAUAAAAAGGGUGAUGAAGUUUUAAGAAAUCUUUGUGUUUGGAUGAUUCUCUCUUGCUUGCUCUACCUAGCCUUUUUUGCUCUGAAUGAGUUUAUAAUAUUAAAGUACAGUGUUGCUGCAAGGUGCUGCAAUGGCACUACAUCCUGGGUUGCCUGAAUCAAUAUGCUAAACUUCUAUUUUUAAAAAAUUUAUUUUUAGAUCAUAAUGUUUAAAAAGAAUAUCAGAGGCAAAGCAUGUCUUUUGCUCUGGGAGAUAGAGGAGGAAGUGUCUCUCUUGCCCAGUUAAAAUAGAUUUUGAAAAUAAAUAAAAAAGAGAAAGUGAUGUAUUCUUAAAUUCCUGAGCAAAAUAUAUAUGUGUGUGUAUGUAAGUCAUUUCUUGACUUUGCCAUUCUGAUAUUUAUGCAAAAUCUUCAUGUUGUUUUCUGAGUUUUUACCCCCAAAGCAAGAAUACACAUUUUAUACAUAAAAGGCACAAUAAGAUAUACUAUGGUACCGUGUUUUGCAUCUAAGGAAGAGGAAACCCUUUUUAUACAAUAGGAAACAUAACUGUCAAGGUAAAACUCAUGUCAUGGGGGUGGGGGUGGAAAUCUUCCUUCAAAAGUAGGAAAAAUGUUUGGGGCAAGAGAAGCUUCCUUGAAAAGUGUAUUAUGGCAAAGAUAAUGUAAACAUUAUCCCAAAGUUUAAGAAAAUACAUAAUGAUUUUUAAGACCAUGAUGGUAUUACAGUUCCAAGUGAUAUUUAUUUAUCACUCUCUUUUCCCAGUCAUUGUGCUGUUUAAAGAUAACAGACCAUGAAUUUGCAUGCUGCAUUUAUUCCUAUACCUUCUCAUCUUCAGUUAAUCAGUACUGAAAAUAGAUUGUAUAAGGUGGUUACAUGAUACUUGGAAUGUUCUCUUCCCUUUUGUUUUGCUAUUGUGGCACAGGGUUACAGGAUCAGAUUUGUUCUCCUGCUGUACAACUUAGUGAAAUUGGAGAAAGCAGCUCAACCAAUGGCAUUACACUGAGUCAGUUUCACAUGAUAGUUGAGACCCACCAUGGCAUAACUAAGCCAUUGUGGGUUGUGGUGCAUGCCAGCCACCAAUGUGGAUAUUCCUGCCACACCAGGAUGUUACUGUGAUUUAUUGUGACAUGCAGACCUGGACAUGGUGAUUAGUUCCUAUGAGUAUCAAGCCACCCAACCCCCAUGGGCCUAAGUAGGUUUCUGGUAUUUCCACAAUGGGCAUGUGGUUAACAAGCCAGAGUAACUCAAAAGGGUGAGCAUGGAUUGUCUUUAAGCUGUGGCUUGUUGAAACAUGAGUUGCCAUGUUGUCUGAACCUGGCUGUAGUAACGAGGUGUUUGUUAACUAUAGUUUGCAACCCAGUGGCAAACCACAUUCUCUUCAUGGAUUGCUCAUGGUUAACCAACUAUGGUUCAUUAGUGCAAUUGGGUUCAGACAACACAAUAAUCCAUGUUUCAACCAUGGCUCAUGAUUCAGUGACAAUAAAUAGUCAUCCUAUGCCCAUCCCUUUAGAAGAGUACAUUAUGUUGUCUAUGCCCAACUGUACUGAAUGGAAUUAGAAUAUUAGUAUAAUUGGAAGAAGCCUAUUAGGCCAUUGAGUCCAGUUCCCUGUUCUACUUCCACACGUGAACACCUAUCCGACUGCAGGCCUACACCUUUCCUUCUUUGCAAAGGUGAUUCAAAGUGCUAGCUUGAUGUAUAGCUAUGCAUCAAGAUCCAAACCAUUGUUGAUAUAGGCAAAAGCUACCAAGAACCCAUGGUCUGUGGUAGGGUUAUGGGUGGCUUGUUACCCAUAGCACCAAGUACCCUGGCCAGGUUUUCAGAACAUAACAAGCCACACUGUUGAGAUAACUUUGCACACCCCUCUCAACAAGCCCAGUGGAGCUAAACUACUGUGGUUUGUUAACUGCCUGCCAGCUGGGCAAACCAGGGCAUUGUCAUGUCCCAGGAAAACAUGAAAUGGACAGAUCUUUUUUUCCUCCUGUUUAACCUCACUUCUAGUCCUUCAUUUCCCAGCAAGCUAUCCAACUAGUAGCUAGACCCAUAACACUCAGUGCCAUGCACUUAUCCACAUCCACCUAACAAGCAAUUACAAAUAAAACUGGGCUUUAACCAUUGGAUGGAGCAAGCAUUUUAGCUACAAAAACCUCUCAGUGGAAGCAAUCACUUAUGUUUUGCUGCUAUCAGUCAUCCAGCAAAUCUAUGUAGGUGGAUGAGUAGAGGAAAUUAACAACAUGAUAUUUGCUUUUAUUUCUGCUUGGGAUAGCCCUGAAAUGAGUUGCUGACUUCAGUAAGCGGUGGGGAAACAUUUGGUCUGUAAUCCAGUGCCAUCUCUGCUAGGUAUUCACUCCCUCUUCUAAUCUAAAUCAUCUAAGGUAAUAAGAUAUACAAAACUUUUGGCAGCUUCUCUUUGUAUGACUAGGCUUCAAGUCUGCAAUUUGAAGUAACUGCUAGCUGUUUUAUGUGAAUGGCAAAUUGCACCUGUUUGAAACAUACAUGAGUGGAUGCAUCCUGAAAGUACUUUCAAAAACUUUUUUUGCUUUGUUCUUUGAAUUCAUGGAAUGCUUAUCUCUUAUUGCCACACAGAUUUAUAUGUUAUCUUCAGUCGAGAUUUAGUGUGCUUUAAAUGCUCAUGUGUUCAGUGCAAUGAAAUACAUCAGGUAACAUUUCAUAGCAGUUUCCGUGAAUGUGCCAGUAGAUCACUCAUACAAGCUGUUAAUGGUUCUCAUGAUAACAGUGGAAAAAUAAGACAGUUGCAAGCUACCUAAUGAGCAUAAUUACUUUUGCUGAGUGUGAGUUGUCAUAAUGUCCAAACCUAGUUGGGGUACUUUCCAAACCACUCUUGACACCCUAGAACAACCCAAAUGACUUAUUUUCCACCUGUAAUAAUGGGAACCCACCUACUGAGUCAUUUAUAGCAUUGAAGAGAAGGGACCCUCAAAACAAGGAGAACUAAAUCAAUGUAGCUACUAAGCACUUUUUGUAACCCUAUGAGGUUUAAACUAAUUCAGGUUUAAUACCAUUUUGUAAAUCAAACUACAUGGAUUAAAUACGAGCAUUUUGUGUUAUCGAAACACAAGCGAAAGGAAAACAAUUGAAUGAAUAGUUCUUGAUAAUAUUAACUUACUGCUCAUGGCUGUUAUUAUAAACAUUAUUAUUACUUCUGCAUUGGCACCACUUAGGUAAUAUACAUAAAUGUUACUGUAACCAGAAAAUGCUAUUAUAAAUUGACAGGAAAAGCGCAAUAUAAAAUUACAUGUGAUGAUAAAAUUAGGAAAAUAUAUCAAACUAGAGUUUUAGUGUACUUAGCAACUAACAGCCCGUAACAAGUAUGUUGUGAGAAAGCAAGCAUGAACUGUAGCAGCAAAUUCUGUGUCUACAGUAGCAAAGAUUUUUGAAUGGAACCUGGUGUAAGGAAGAAAAGGUGCACUCCAGUGUCAAGGACCUGAACAUAGAAAGGACCACAAAGGUUUCAAUAAUAUAGGAAGCAUUUCUUUUAAAUAUUGGCUUUUAAAUUAUUUUAAAAGCAAUGGUUAGAGAUGAAAUACCAGUACUUCUGUGAUAUAUCUGCCUUGUUUCUUUGCCACCUGUAAAUGGACAUAAAAGAGCAUUUCUGAAUUGGAGAGUUUCAAGCAUGUUCUAUUCAAGACUUAUAAAUAGCAUUUUUCAUUUUUCCCACACUUCUCUAAUAUGCAGUUAAAUCUCUCAGCAUAGCAAUGGUUCUGCUGAAACACCAGCCCCUUUCAAUUUAUCUUUUUCCACCUGCAAGCAUUGUUCACUAUUUUACAUCUGGCCUGUACUCAUAGCACUGAAGUAUGUCUUUUCUUAUUUUUUUCAGGCCACCUCCAUCCUCCUGCACUUCUUAUUCCUAUAUCUUCCUUAACCACGCACGCACACAACAUGCUCUCACAGGACCAGUGCUGAGGGUGCAUUUUCAUGAAACCAUCUAGGGUUAUCUGAUCAUCUCCGAUUUGUGCUAUUUCAGACAUUGGUCACAGUGUUUGACAGGAGUUCACUGACAGCAGGCAAAGCACUGAUUUUUAAAUUCAAAAAGAUCAUAAUUCAGGGGUUAGUUGUAGAAUUUGUAAAAAGUUGAAGCUUCCCAAAAUCCAACUCUUUGCUGUGGUGAUAUAAUUUUUUUUAAUAGGAAAACCUUGAAUUGGAAGUGAAAGUAGUGUAUACCUGAUCCCAGUGUUAGCUGUGGCAGAAAGAACAAAGCUAGUGGGGGUUACCUUCACUGAACUAGGGACCUAGAGUCAGGGAAGUUUUACUGGUGUCAACAAGAAGCUUCUUCAACACUUGUGUGGAAGGCAAACGUGACAAGACUGGAAAUUAGGAUUACUCUUGAAAGAACUUUCCCCUAUAAGGUUUGAGUAAACUACCUUUUCUAAUUUUAGGCAAGUGAUUCUUGGGUUCCUGGGCAGGGGAGAAAGUUUAAACUAGAGCUUCAUAUGUGUUCAAGGUUUAUUUUUGUUAUUGUUGUCAGUAUUUACUUGUCCCAGGAGAUAAAACUCUAGCAAACCCAGGGGUCUGUGUGGUUGGUUGUUAUUUUUUUCUUUUUUUGGUGGGGUGGGGAGGGUUCUAAAUAAUAAAGGUAAUAAAGGAUUUUUCAUAUUCAUGUCAAGGUGCUUCUUGCCAUAUGAACUCUUAUUGCUGAACUUAGUAAAACAUGCAGUUUUUCAUACAAAUGCAUUUCUUAAUGUGUAAAUAUUGGAACUGUUAAAUGAAACCAAAAUACCAGCAAUAUACUGACUGUGAAUCCCAGUAAGGAAGGGUCUUUAACUACAUAACAUUGAAAUUUUAAUCUAAAAUAUUGGUCACAUCAGCAUUUGCUAAUAUUGUAUCUUGAAAUACUACAAAAGGUAUAUGAAUGAUGCAUUCUUUAACAAGGAUGAAAUAGUUCUUACAAUGAAAAAUACUGUAGAGUUUGAUGUAUUUGGGAAAUGGUCCAAACUCUUUAUGCCAAUA